AUGGCAAGCAGCAAUCACAGCGGUGAAACGGUGCAGGCUCUCAAUGGAGGCAGUGCCGAUCUGGGCAAUGGAAAGAAACAAAUAUUUCUCAACGCAUUUGAUAUGUCAACUAUUGGACAUCUAUCACCAGGCCAAUGGAAGAAUCCGGCCGACAAGUCUGCCACAAAGCGAACUCUCAAUUACUGGAUUGAAUUAGCAAAACUACUGGAAAAGGGUGGAUUCAACGCUCUCUUCUUGGCAGACACUUAUGGAGGUUAUGAUACCUACGAGCAGAGUCUUGACAAUUGCAUCAGGCGCGCUGCGCAAUGGCCUAUGACCGACCCAACAAUUCCGAUUACAGCUAUGGCAGCAGUAACGAAGAACCUCAGUUUUGCCAUCACUGCAUCAACUUCCUUUGAGCCUCCAUUCCUACUAGCGAAAAGGUUCUCGUCCCUAGAUCAUUUCACUCAAGGGCGGUUCGGCUGGAACAUUGUCACUUCUUGGAAAAAGGCAGCCUUCAAGGCAAUCGGCCUAGAAAACCCAAUUGAGCACGAUGAAAGAUACCGUCAGGCAGAUGAAUACCUUCGGGUAUUGUAUAAGCUAUGGGAGGGAUCCUGGGCAGAAGAUGCCAUUUCGCCAGACCCUGCUAAUGACAGCUAUGCGGACCCUGAUAAAAUCCGAACCAUUAAGCAUCAGGGAAAGUAUUACACACUUGAUUCGCGACAUAUUGUCGACCCGUCGCCUCAGAGAACUCCAUUUCUCUUCCAAGCUGGGACAUCCUCUGCAGGAUCAGAGUUUGCUGCUACCCACGCAGAGGGUAUUUUCGUGUCACCACACUCACCCACGGUGCUCAAACCCAAGAUCGAGAAGAUUCGCGAGCUAGCAGCCGCCAAAGGCCGUGAUCCUCGUUCAGUCAAGUUCUUUGGCACUUAUACCCCGAUUUUAGGGCGCACGGAAGAGGAAGCCCAGGCUAAGUACGAAGAACUCAAGAAGUAUGCUUCCACAAUUGGAGGGCUUGUGCUUGUCAGUGGAUGGACAGGGAUCGAUCUAUCCAAGGUGCCACUGGACCAAGAGCUCACUGCAGCAGACUCAGUGGAACAACACAAGGUACGGAGCAUGCUCGAUGCCUUCACGACAACUAGUGAGCAUGUGCCAAAAUGGACGCCAAGGGUAAUUGCAGAGAAUGCAGCGAUUGGUGGUUUAGGCCCGGUGGGAAUCGGUAGUGCAAAAACAGUGGCUGAUGAUAUGGUCCGAUGGAUUCAGGAAGCCGACCUUGACGGUUUCAAUAUUGGAUACGUUACAACCCCUGGAACAUUCGAAGAUGUAGUAGAACUAUUAAUCCCGGAGCUACGACGCCGGGGGAUCUAUCCCGACUUACCUAAGGGCGAUGAGCAGCGAACGGCAAGAGAGAGGGUCUACGGGGAAGGGCAAAGGGGGUUGAGGGAAGAUCACCCUGGGUCGGUGUACAAGUACGAUAGGUACCAGGAAGAUGCCCCCUGA